CUCGCAAAGCGUCCUCCUUCCUCCUCCUCUUUCUUUAUGAAGCCCUUCGUUCGACACCACAUCUGAGUAGCAUGUGGUGCAAAGAACUCCCCCCCUCGAGCCCUUCUAGUUUAAGACCAGGAGGUUGGCCGGCGUGACACGCAGUGAAGAACCACAGGAAGGACUGGAGAAGAUGAGAGCGAGAAAAGUGGCGUUGUGCAUAAAGAGGCAGUUGGAGUCAUUUUGAGAAAGAGAGAGAGAAAGAAGAAAAAAACUCAAAGGAGGAGGUAGCAAAGAGAGAGGAAAAGAAAAGGGAGUCGAGCCAAUUGGCAUCAAUUGAGUUAUUCAGCUCAGCUAAAAAAAAAAAAAAAACUGUCCAGACUCAAAAACCACCAAGGGCCUCUCGUUGCUAUCAACACCGUGGACGGUCUGCAAGAGGAGCACGCAAGUCCACACGUGUGAGGAUUUAUCGCUGAGACUCACUUAUGACACAGGACUCUGCUUUCCUUCCUGACUCCAUGCAGCGCGCAAACUUAAUUCUUAGUGGUAUCCAACACUGAGAGCGAGGGCUACUACAAUGGGCCUGUAGAAUGGAGUAUGAGUUUGACUUCUACAAACACUUUGCUUGGCUUAGGAAGGUAAACCACCAGUCAUCAGACAACAGUGAGUCCUACCAGGAGCGUUUAUCACGUCUGGAAGGGGACAAAGAAUCUCUCAUAUUGCAGGUGGGUGUGCUGACGGACCAGGUGGAAGCUCAGGAGGUCAAAAUCAGUGACCUGCAGAGUUCGGUGGUGGAGCAUCGUCUCAAACUCAACGCCACCGAAGAGAUGCUUCAGCAGGAGCUCCUGCAUAGGACGACAUUGGAGAAGCAGAAGCUGAGUCUCAAGGGGGAGGUGUCCUACCUGAAGCUGAAGCUGACAGACAUGGAGGAGAAACCGGGCCAUGGAGGAGAGAGGCAGCACAAAGCAGAGAGCGUUGUGAAUUUCAUUAGUGAGCUGCAGGAGCAGAUGUGUAGGUUUCAGAAGGAGAUCAAUAGCAAGAUCCAGGAGAAAAAAGCCUCUGAGAACCCAGCUGACAGCCGUUCACCAGCGCCAUGCUCCGCCCCCUCCACGUCCCCCGAAGAUGCUAACCCCUCAUGUUACACGGCCGCAGAGGUGAAGCCCAAACUAGAGGAGGAGGCUACAGACGGGGUUGACGAGAGUAGCUCUGACGCGGAGCAGCUGCCACACGGAGGAGAGAGCGGUUUGGUGCGGGAGCUCAAGACUCUCAAAGACAAAAUGCAACACCUGGAGGAUGAGAAGAUGGAGUAUGAGGAAAGACUCAAAGCAAGCAAGGUGGAGAUCAGCAGCCUUCAGGAGCUUCUACUGAGUAAGAAUGUUGAGAUUGAGAGCUUGCACACUCAGCUUCUGGCCAGACCUUCACUAGCCACUGAGAGCUCUGAGAGAGACCAGGAGUUGCAAAGACUUAGAAGUGACAUUAAAACCUUGGAAGUUGCCAAUGAUGAAAAAGACCGACGCAUUGAAGAGCUCACUCUGCUCUUAAACCAAUGCAAGCAAUUCCGAGAUCUGACACACAACGCCAGGCAAGCUCCACCUGCUGGUCCUUCACUGUCCAAUGGUAGGACAAAUUCCAGUAGCAGUGAGGAAGAGGAGCACGGUCUGAGGAAGAAUGCCGAUUCUGCCAGUGCCAAGUCUGAGGAUCUCAAGUCUGAUGUUUCCACAAACAGUGCCUCCUCUCAUCAAACAUCAAUUUUGUCUCAGAAGGACAGUGAUUGCAGGACAGAGACACAGACAUCAUCCAGUAGCAUGACUGACUUAACACCUGGCCAGACACAAAAGAGAGAUACAAGGAGUCCGACGCUGCCUGUUCGUUUAUCCCCCACGGAGAGCAGCACCGAGCUCCAAAAUGAGCGAUCUCCAGAUGACAGUGAAGAUGGAGACUGCAGCCAAACGAAGUUGGACAAAGUGAACACCUGCACUGGGAAAACCAGCCCACCAGGCCAGAGAAAUGUGGGCUCGCCAGAAUACAUGAAGACAAACCGGAGCCUUAAGAGACUUUGGGGAAAACUUCGAAGGACAAAUUCUGGAGGAGUCAAUGCAGGUGAUCCAGACACCGGUCCUUUUCGAAGAGGGGGUUUCCGUGCAACAGCAGGACCCCGACUGACCCGUAACCCGGAAUCUCCUGAUUCUGUACGUGACAUGAAUCUCCCGUUCAGCCAGUGGACCAAGGAGCAGGUGUGUGGCUGGUUGGAGGACUAUGGUCUGGGGCACUAUGUCAACCUCACUAGGCAGUGGGUUGAAUGUGGCCAGACACUACUUUCUGCCACGCCUCAGGAUCUUGAAAAGGAGAUGGGUAUAAAGCACCCUCUGCACCGGAAGAAGCUACAGUUGGCACUGAAGGCAUUCACCAAUAAAAUGACAGAGAAGUCAGCGGAGCUGGACCACAUCUGGGUCACCCGAUGGCUGGAUGAUAUUGGCUUGCCUCAGUAUAAAGACCAGUUCCACGAAGCCCGUGUGGACGGCCGCAUGAUACAAUACCUCACCGUAAAUGACCUCUUGAGCCUAAAAGUGACCAGUCAACUUCAUCAUCUCAGCAUUAAAUGUGCCAUCCACGUCCUUCAUGCCAACAAGUUCAACCCCCACUGCCUCAGACGCAGGCCUGGAGAAGAGAAACAGCCUUCGCCCUCUGAGGUCGUGCAGUGGUCAAACCACCGUGUGAUGGAGUGGCUUCGAGCAGUUGAUCUUGCAGAGUACGCACCUAAUCUACGCGGCAGCGGUGUCCACGGUGGACUAAUUAUCCUGGAGCCUCGUUUCAGUGCAGAGACUUUGGCCCUGCUCCUUAAUAUCCCACCGCAGAAAACGUUGCUCCGUCGUCAUUUGGCCACAGCCUUCUCUGCCCUGGUGGGGACUCAGGCCACGCAGGAGAAGAGAGAGUACGGCAAUGCUACAGGCCAUGUGCCCCUCACAACCACAUCUAAAGUGAAGCCCAAGAAACUAGGCUUCACGCAGUUUAGUCACCUUCGGAAGAGGAAACCUGACGAAUCCGCAGACUACAUCUGCCCCAUCGAAGGCGGACUGCUGACUGUGAACGGGAUUUCAAGGACGCCCUCUGCAGCACUCAGGGGUAUGAGCCCCAACUUGGACACGCAGCCCAAGAAACACGAGCAUGGCGACGGCAAGUUAUGGCGGACGAACACAAACAACUGCUAAGCAGAUCACAGUGGUCAGCUUCUCACUUUGAGCUCAAGAAAUCCAAAACUGUGCAUUGCUGGAUCAUCUGUAGUGCACAUCAUGUAUUUAUUCAUCACAUCAUGCUUGAACGUGUUUUCUAUAUGAAAUGAAUGUGUGCGAUGUUAAGUGAAAGCUGCUCUCCGCAUUCCUUUGACAGUUGGUCCAAAUAUUCCAAUCGGGCAUUUUUGAGGGUGUGUUGAAUGUGUAUCUCUAGUUAUGAUGCUUUAUUCAUAUUCUACCGCUGGUUUCACUGAGCACUUUUGCAUCGGACAUUUGUGAACAGAACUUUUUCAUGAUAACAAACAAGCAGAUACCAUCUUGUCUGUGUUAUCAAGCAUGCUAACUUUAACUCUCCAAGUGUUUAUUUGCUUACAUUUCCAUAUCACUAAAGCCUUUACAGGUCUUGCCAAACGCCUUAGAGAGUAUUUGCCCCAGAACUGAUAUAUUUUUUAAUGUAACCUGACUUCAUCCAUGUACUGUUGUAAAUAAUAAAUUAUUGCUCAGUUGUUUUACUGGU